AUGAUGUCUAUCAAUUCUAAAGGUGAACAACGGCGGCGGAUACUACUAAGAAGCGCAACGACGGCGGAUACUACUAUCCGGCAACGGAGACCUGCCACAGAUCUACAAUCGAUUAGUCCAUGGUUUGAAGGGCGUAAGCAGAGAGAAAAAAGUGAAAGGGAGAUAACUAACCGGCGGUGCGAUUUAAUAGGUCGUUCGAUUCCACAGCGGCAACACGGACAACGGCAACACGGACAGCGGCAACCAACGGUGGCGGAAGGGUUCAAAAGAAGAUUCCACUGUGAGUAUAACGACAGUAGAGGGAAACAGACACAGACACGUAUAUCACUGAUAUAUGAAUAUGACUUACAGAAGUAUACUUCGGAGGAGGAAGGGGAAAAGGCGGCGGCGACGAUAGUGGGUCUGUCUUUCUUCUUCGACGGCGACGGUGGGCGGAGAGAACAUGCAAUCGCCUAUCCGACAAAGAGAGAGAACGGAACGGACUUGGGUUUGCGAAAGUGA